AUGGCUAACCAUCAUGAAUUUCAACCACACCUUCAAUCGCAAUUUCAGUAUCAACAUUCUUCCUACCAACCUCCGAACCAAGGGCAGCAAUAUCAAUACCAACCAGCGCCGCCACUUAACUACCAAUAUCCACCCCACCCACAGAAUCCAUAUCCUCCUCCACAGCCACAUCCUCCGACAAACAAUAGACCAUCACAUUAUGACCACAGCAUGGGAGCUAUUGGAUUUGUCGAUAGUUUCAAGGUUGAAGAACCCAAAUUCCGGGAUUUGUGGGCAGCAUUGUUGUUUCUAGCUACAUUUUCGGGAUUUGUCGUGGUCUCGGUUCUCAGUUUGCGCAGACACAAUUCAAAGGCUAGCACGCAGCAAAUAACUUCACUUAAUGGAAAGGAAAAUAUUAAAGUAGUGCCAGAUCUAAACAUUAUGCUACUAUUUGUAUUUAUUCUCUGUGUUGCCCUUUUUACAUCUAUGAUAUACUUCUGGAUAAUAAGAGUCUUCACAAAGCAAGCCAUAUGGAUUACCGGAAUUCUACAAAUUUUAUUUGGUCUAGGUACAGCUGCCUACUAUAUUUUACACCGGUAUUGGGGUGCCGGAAUCACCUUCCUUAUUUUCACAGCUUUUUAUGUCGUCUCUUUCAUAAGCUGGGUUCCCCGAAUUCCUUUCAGUGUAUUAAUGUUGCAGACUGUAAUGGAUGUUUCCAAGACUUACGGUCAUGUGUUCAUGGUAUCGCUACUUGGUAGCUUGAGUGCAGCUGCGUUUGGGGUCUGGUUUUCUAUAACUCUAGUGUCGGUCUAUGCUAAUUAUUAUCCUGGGAGUAAAAGUUGUGAAGGUGGCAUGAAUUCUUGUUCAAUGGCAAAGGUAGUUGGCCUACUAGUAUUCAUAACCUUUGUUGGAUACUGGACCACCGAAAUUAUUAAAAAUAUCAUCCAUGUCUCUAUCUCAGGGGUUUAUGGUUCUUGGUACUUCUUUGGGCAGAAGCCAGAAGGAGUACCAAAUGGACCAACUCGAGGCGCAUUAAAGCGGGCUGUAACAUAUAGCUUUGGAAGCGUCAGUCUGGGUAGUCUUCUUGUUUCUCUUAUCCAGAUGUUUCGCCAGGCUUGCUCUAUUGCCAAGCAAACCGAAGAGGCUCAAGGUAAUAUCCUAGGCAUGUGCUUUUUUUGCUGCAUGGGCUUCUUGAUAGAUCUUCUUAAUUGGGCUGUUCAGUUUCUAAACGAAUAUGCGUUCAGUUAUAUAGCACUUUAUGGGAAAAGUUAUUUUCCGGCGACUUGGAAAAUGAUUAAAGACAGGGGAGUCGACGUCCUUAUAAAUGAAUGUUUGAUCAAUCCAGUUUUAACUAUGGGAGCUGUAUUUGUGGCUUACACUACGUCACUAUUUGCUAUUAUCUACUUAAACUUCGCAACAACAAAAAGCCAAAAUGAAAGGGAUUUUAGCUCUAUUGUCAUGGCAUUUUCAUUUCUUAUAGGUCUUCAAAUCGCUAAUACCUUCUUGGUUCCUAUUAAGAGUGGUGUUGCGACCCUUUUUGUUGCCAUUGCAUUUGAUCCUCAUGUGCUAAUUCACGAGCAUGGCGAUUUGUGGCAAAAGAUGGUUCAGGUUUAUCCACAUGUUCAGGUUGCAAUUCAUGCAUAA